GUUGUACGCUGGCGCUGGUGGCCUUACAAACACGGCGGGAAAGGGAUGAUUUGGGGAAAAAAGAAAAUAAAAAAUUCCACUCUUGUCCCUCCCUCCCUUCCUCCCUCCCUCCCUCCCUCCAAUUCUUUUAAAACCCUAAGAUAAGCAGACUGAGACACCCGCAAUGGCUUUCCAUCUCAAACAACAAGACGACGACACUAACAUCGACAUUCACAACACCGGCACUCCCCUUCGCUACGCUUCUUUGGAUCGUGUUUACUCGGCUUGCGUCAGUUCCAGCGCCAGCGGUUCUUCCAACGUUAUGUCUAAAAAGGUAAAAGCUCGAAAGCUUGUAGUUAACCAUUUGGACGAUUCCGAUUUCAAGCUAUCUGUCGCCAAGCCCCCAAUCGUCCACGUGUACUCUCGCCGAUCAAGCAAGCAUCCUCAUUCUUCGUAUUUCAAGUCUCUGCUCUCGCGCCAGACUGUGAAACAUGAAAUUUGUGAAUUAGAAGAUAAAAUUGAUGUUGAUUUGAGGGUUUUGAAGAAGAGGAGGCUUGGGAGCAGUGAGUUGGAGAAAUUGGGGGUGGAUUCUAGCGUUUUGAGAUCCUUUAAUGGCCCGCGAUUGAGGGACUGCAGAAACAGCAAUAAAGCUAACAAUUUUAAUUUGUAUAGUGCUAGUAAUAGUGGCAGUUUAAAGAGAAAGCAGCGUGAUUCCAAGACGAUUUUGUCUAUUUCGUCAACUACUAAACGAUGGGUGAGGUUGAGUUUUGAUGGUGUUGAUCCGAAAGCAUUCAUUGGGUUACAAUGCAAGGUUUUUUGGCCGUUGGAUGCAGAUUGGUAUUCUGGUUGUGUUGUUGGUUGCGACUCAGAGAGUAAUCGGCAUUAUGUUAAAUAUGAAGACGGAGAUGAAGAAGAUUUGAUUCUUUCGAAUGAGAAAAUUAAAUUUUAUAUCUCUCAAGAGGAGAUAGACCGUCUGAAAUUGACUGUCAGCGCUAAUAAUAUGGAUAAUGAUGGCUAUGACUACAAUGAGAUGGUUGUGUUGGCUGCCACUUUGGAUGAUUGCCAAGAACCUGAGCCUGGGGAUAUUAUUUGGGCAAAGCUUACUGGUCAUUCUAUGUGGCCAGCAGUUGUUGUGGAGGAAUCGCUUAUUGGUGAUCAUAAAGGUUUAAAUAAAAUAUUGGGAGGAAGAUCAGUUCCCGUGCAAUUUUUUGGUACACAUGAUUUUGCAAGAAUAAAUGUAAAACAGGUAAUUUCGUUUCUCAAAGGACUUCUUUCUUCUUUCCACCUGAAGUGCAAGAAACCUCGAUUCACGCGAAGCUUGGAAGAAGCAAAAGUGUAUCUGAGUGAACAAAAGCUUCCCAGAAGAAUGCUAUUAUUGCGAAAUGGCAUGGUUGCAAAUGUUUGUGAAAACACCUGUAGUGAGGAUGAAGGACGUUCUGAUUCUGGUGAAGUUUGCAUAAAAGAUGAAAGGAUUCAGGGAACACCUGGAAGUCUUGGAACUUCUCCAUAUGUAGUUGGGGAUUUGCAAAUAAUAAGUCUUGGAAAAAUUGUGAAGGAUUCUGAAUAUUUUCAGGAUGAUAGGUUCAUCUGGCCUGAAGGAUAUACAGCCAUUAGGAAGUUCACUUCAAUAACAGAUCCCAGCGUUUGUAGCUCUUAUAAGAUGGAAGUGUUGCGAGAUCCUGAGUCAAAUAGCAGACCUCUAUUUAGAGUCACAAUGGAUGGAAAUGAGCAGUUCAAUGGAUCCACUCCAUCUGCUUGUUGGAAUAAAAUAUAUAGAAGACUAAGGAAGAAAAAGAAUAAUUCUUCUGAUGGUCUCAGUGCUGAUGGUGGUGUGGAGAAAAACUAUGAAUCUGGUCAUGAAAUGUUUGGUUUUUCCAAUCCUGAAGUUAUGAAACUUAUAAAGGGAUUGUCGAAAUCCAGAUAUACCUCAAAAUUCUCUAUGUGCAAGUUGACCUCUGGAAGAUGUCGAGAUCUACCUGCUGGUUACAGACCUGUUCGUGUUGACUGGAAAGAUCUUGAUAAAUGCAGUGUCUGCCACAUGGAUGAGGAGUAUGAAGAUAAUCUAUUCCUGCAGUGUGAUAAAUGCAGAAUGAUGGUUCAUGCCAGAUGUUACGGGGAAUUAGAACCUGUUGAUGGUGUGCUAUGGUUAUGCAACUUAUGUUGCCCAGGGGCUCCUGAAUCUCCUCCUCCUUGUUGCCUUUGUCCUGUUAUUGGGGGUGCAAUGAAGCCUACUACUGAUGGGCGCUGGGCUCAUUUGGCUUGUGCAAUAUGGAUACCUGAAACUUGCUUAUCUGAUGUCAAGAGAAUGGAGCCUAUAGAUGGUUUAGAUAGAAUUAAUAAGGAUCGUUGGAAGUUGUUAUGUAGCAUUUGUGGCGUAUCUUAUGGAGCUUGUAUUCAAUGUUCAAACAGUACCUGUCGAGUUGCAUAUCAUCCACUCUGUGCACGAGCAGCUGGUCUUUGUGUUGAGCUUGAGGAUGAAGAUCGACUCAAUCUUCUAUCUUUUGAUGAAGAUGAUGAAGAUCAGUGCAUUCGUCUACUUUCCUUUUGCAAGAAGCAUAGACAACCAUCAAAUGAUCGUUUAGCUAUUGAUGAACGGGUUGGGCAAAUCACUCGUCGAUGUUGUGACUACAGCCCUCCAUCUAAUCCAUCUGGCUGUGCUCGUAGUGAGCCUUACAAUAAUUUUGGAAGAAGAGGACGGAAAGAACCUGAAGCUCUUGCUGCCGCAUCGUUAAAGCGUUUGUUUGUAGAGAAUCAACCGUACUUGGUUGGUCGUUACUGCCAACAUGGAUUGUCAGAAAACAUAUUGCCUUCUGUUGGAGUCAUUGGCUCUAAAUUUUCUUUCAGCAUUCACAGGGAUGCUCAUACCAAUAUUCUUUCCAUGGCUGAGAAAUACAAAUAUAUGAGGGAGACCUUCCGAAAGAGAUUGGCAUUUGGUAAAUCAGCAAUUCAUGGGUUUGGCAUAUUUGCAAAGCAUCCACAUAGAGCAGGAGAUAUGGUGAUUGAAUACACUGGAGAACUUGUUCGACCUCCUAUUGCUGAUCGAAGAGAACACUUUAUUUACAAUUCAUUGGUGGGUGCUGGCACUUAUAUGUUUCGGAUUGAUGAUGAACGAGUCAUUGAUGCCACAAGGGCUGGGAGCAUUGCGCAUCUAAUUAAUCACUCGUGUGAACCAAAUUGCUAUUCCAGAGUUAUAAGUGUUAAUGGUGAUGAGCACAUUAUUAUAUUUGCUAAAAGAGAUAUUAAGCAAUGGGAAGAACUGACUUAUGAUUACAGGUUCUUUUCAAUCGAUGAACAACUGUCAUGCUAUUGUGGCUUUCCAAGGUGUAGGGGGAUAGUUAAUGAUACUGAAGCAGAAGAGCAGGUGGCGAAGUUAUAUGCACGGUGUAGUGAAUUGACACAUUGGAGAGGAGAAUGAGAGGAAUCCAAAUAUUAUGCCCAUGAGAGAACUAUUUUCUUCCCUAUAGUUUUCACUGGAAUGAGAUUCCAUUUUAUCAAGGCGUUACGCUCAUGGGCCUAUGGUUUUCUCAUCUGAUAUUGUUCUUCUUGUCCAAGUUCGAAAACAUAGUAUUCAAUCGUAUUUUCCCGCUAAUUGGCGCACUAAUUGAUCUUAGGCAAUAUUAGGAUGUGCUUGAAAUCGAGGCGCCUAUUGAACCUAUAAAUAUUUUUUUGUUCAUUUUAGCUCUAGGGAGCUUGUCUUCACUUUGUAACAUGUUAGGUAGGUACACAAAAAUUAUGUGAUUACUCUAACCCAUUGUAAAAACCAUUUUAUGGUUUCAAAUGAUAUGCAAGUGAUGAUGAUAUUUCA